AUGGUUCUAGUCUAUGUAGACGAUACUAUUGUAACAGGAAAUAACUCCAUGGAGCUCAACUUGUUCAUUACAAAACUGAACACUUCCUUCUCACUUAAAGAUCUGGGACAACUCCACUACUUCCUAGGAAUCGAGGUGUUCAGAUACAAUACAGGGAUUUACUUAUCACAAGGCAAAUACAUUGCUGAACUGUUACAAAAGGUGCAAAUGGAAAAUACAAAACCCAGUGUCACCCCAAUGACUGUUGGGAAACCUUUGUCCAUAAUAGAUGGACAACCAUUGAAUCAACCUAGUAUGUACAGGAGCAUUAUUGGAGCUCUUCAAUAUCUUAGUCACACAAGACUUGACAUAUCGUUUACUGUCAACAAAUUGAGUCAAUUUCUCAAACAACCUACUGAUGUUCACUGGGGAGCUGCAAAGAGAAUACUCAGGUCUUUAAAGGGUACAAUGUACCACGGGUUACACAUAGCUCCAAGCACCAAUUCGACUCUAAUAGGAUUGUCUAAUGCGGAUUGGGCUUGUUGCCCAGAUGAUAGGAAAUCAAUAGCAGGGUACUGUGUUUUCUUGGGUGACUCUUUGAUCUCCUGGGCAUCAAAGAAGCAAAGUGUAGUGGCACGCUCUAGUACAGAGUCUGAAUACAGAGCCUUGGCUCACUUGGCAGCUGAACUGACAUGGCUACAAGAGCUGCUAAACGAAUUAAGAGUCAAAUGCUCAUCUGUUCCUGUCAUAUGGUGCGAUAACUUAAGUGCCAGUGCUUUGGCAUCCAAUCCCGUGUAUCACGCAAGAACAAAACACAGCGAACUCGAUGUUCAUUUCGUAAGAGAUAAAGUCCUGGAAAAGAAACUUGAAAUCAGUAUUGUUUUGGCUAUUGUAAUUCCUCCUUUUGCUAUUUAA